GAGCACAACAUGGUACACGAUGCUGGAUCCCGUCUCGGACAGGAUGCCUCUCGAGCGCAGGCAAAUUCUUAGGAUUGUAGGCUACCUACCCAGGCCGCGUACGUAUUACACGAAACCUCCUGCGUGACCCGUCUCCGUUCAUCGAACGCACGGCUCCUGCUGUGCCUAACUGAACGUGAACCCAUCUUCCCCUCCUUGCCUAUUUUGGAACCGAGACCAAGGGGGCUCGCACAAUAUCGCGAAACGUCAAGGAUCGAGACGUCAGCGAGGAUUGCCAACAAAGAUGACACGCAGAACCCAACACGAGAAUGCGGGGCCAUGGAUAACCUUCAAUGCUCCGGAGCACGACCCAGCAUCGGCCUUCAAGCAAGCCAUGGACAAGUACAUGGCCCCGCCCGCAUCUGAAAGGCUUGAGGAGCGGAAGGACAAUUUCCGCUGCUUUCUGAAGAACUUCCUCCACAAGUACAACGACGGAGGGGUGGGGAAAAUUGCUUUUGAUGAGAAAGCCACCUGGCCCCAGGUCCUUGAGGAGGCUACACGGGUCUUCGACGACUACACCGGGCGCGCUCGCAGCUGGAAACAUCCGUUCCGCAGUACCCAGCAUCUAUUUGGAUCGGUGGCCUGCCGGAUAGAGUUUCUCAUUGUACUGCUCCCGGACGGAGGCUUUACGGGCGCGCUUUGCGGGGGCUUGCUCUUGGUUUACAAUGCCGCAAGACGCAAGAGAGACAUCCAAGAGUUGAUUAUCCGGACCCUCGACUCGCUUACUGGGCAUGUCGAGGGUAGCAAGGCAUUCCUCAAGAUGUAUGCGUGGGAUGAAGAGGUCCGACAAAAGACCGAGGACCCGUAUAUCGCCAUCCUCGAAGUCAUAGAGGCAUUGACAGAAUGGCUGCAGCGGUCAUCCCUUGGCGAAUCUGUGAAGGCAUUCUUUGAACAAAGCGAUUAUGGAAAGGAGCUCGAAGACAAACUCAGCACGAACCUUCGAGAUAAGGGAUCUGCAUUUGAAGACUGUGUUUCGCGCUGCCUACACAAGACAGUGCAGGCCGUCCAUGAAAAUGUCCUCACCGUAGGCAAGAAGGUCGAGCAGGUGAACGAGAACAUUACGGCAUUGAGACUCGAAACUCUCAGCUCGCUUGAAGAGCGGUUCCAGGGCAUGUCCAAAGACGUUGAACGUGAGUCCCUGCCUUUGGCUAACCCACAAGCACACUGACUGACUCCUCCAGGGAAAAUCCACCGCCUCGAAGAGCGCCAACGCAACUUGCACCUC